UAUGGCAUGUAUGUGAGCAGGUGUACUCCUGUUUACAUGCAUGCCUGCAUUUGGGACAGACUCUCAUGUAUUCCGUGGACUAUAGCUGCUUUUCCUUCACACUCUGAGAAUUUUCCGGAUCUCGCUUUUAUGAAUUGUGUGCCGUUUUGUUUUUCCUCUCACUCACCUCUUCUGUGCCACCCUGCCACUCUGAACUGAUCUGGAUCUAAACUGCUUCCUGGCAGGAUGGAAUUGCCAAAUUUAGACUCCACUGCAUGACAUUUCUGCAGGUUACUAUCAAAAUGGUGGCUGGAGAGGCAAGUGGGCACAGCUACCUGGUGGCAUGCUGGCAGCCCAUUCUAAUCCUGAUGCUGGGCACCGUGCUAUCAGGCUCUGCCACCGGCUGCCCCUCUCGCUGUGACUGCAGUGCCCAAGAGCGCUCGGUCGUGUGCCAUCGGCGGAAGCUGAUUGCCCUGCCCGAGGGAAUCCCCAUUGAGACACAGCUGUUAGAUCUCAGCAAGAACCGCUUGAAAGCCAUCAACCCUGAGGAAUUUCUUAACUACCCACACCUGGAAGAGCUACAGCUUAACGAGAACGUUAUUUCCAGCAUUGAACCAGGGGCCUUCAGCAACCUCCUUGGGUUACGGACACUGGGACUACGCAACAACAAGCUUAAGUUGAUUCCUCUGGGUGUUUUCACUGGCCUCAGUAACCUCACUAGAUUAGAUAUCAGUGAGAAUAAGAUUGUCAUUUUGUUGGACCAUAUGUUUCAAGACCUCUACAACCUAAAGGAGCUGGAAGUGGGGGAUAAUGACCUGGUGUUUAUCUCUCACAGAGCUUUUCAUGGCCUCAGCAGCCUAGAGCACCUUACAAUGGAAAGAUGCAACCUGACCUCUGUGCCAACAGAGGCCUUCAGUCAUCUUCACAACUUGCUGACCCUCAGGCUGCGGCACCUCAAUGUCAACGUCAUUCGAGACUAUUCCUUCAGGAGGCUUUAUCGACUCAAAGUCUUAGAGAUAGCAAAUUGGCCUCUUUUGGAAGCCUUGACCCCCAAGUCCCUCCAUGGGCUCAACAUCACAACCUUGAGUAUCACAAACUGCAAUCUCACUGCCGUCCCUUAUGUGGCCAUUCAGCACCUGGUGUACCUUCGCUUUUUCAACCUGUCCUUCAAUCAGAUUGAGGUUGUGGAGGGCAACAAAAUGCACAAUUUGCUGAGGCUCCAGGCAUUUCACUUAGUAGGGGGCCGGCUUGUCAGCAUCGAGCCUUAUUCCUUCAGAGGACUCAACUACCUUCGAGUUCUCAAUGUAUCCAGCAAUAGUUUAAGCACUUUAGAGGAGUCUGCCUUUCACUCGGUCGGAAACCUGGAGACAUUGGCUCUUCAUGACAACCCCUUGGCAUGCGACUGUCGUCUUCUCUGGGUCUUUCGCCGCCGAUGGAGACUCAAUUUCAACCGCCAGCAGCCAUCUUGUGAAACACCAGAGUUUUUGCAGGGUAAAGAGUUUAAAGACUUCCCAGAUGUUCUCCCGCCCAAUUAUUUCACCUGUCAAAAAUCCAAGAUCCGGGAUCACAAAGCCGUUCAUAAAUUUGUGGAUGAGGGGACUACUGUUCAGUUCCCUUGCCAAGCAGAUGGAGACCCGGCUCCGGUGAUUAUGUGGCAGUCUCCAAAAAAGCAAUUUAUCACUACUAAAAGCAUUGGCCGACUGUCAGUGUCUCCAGAUGGCACCCUGGAAGUUAGAUAUGCUCAAAUACAAGACAAUGGCACGUACAUGUGCGUUGCCGUCAACGCAGGGGGUAAUGACACCCGUUUGGCUCACCUACACGUUCAUAGCUAUUCUCCCAAUUGGCCCCAUCAGCCCAAUAAGACCUUUGCCUUCAUCUCAAACCAGCCCAAUGAUAGUGGUGCCAAUGGGACAGGUGGAACAGAUCCAUUUCCCUUUGAUAUGAAGACUCUCAUUAUUGCUACCACUAUGGGGUUUAUAUCUUUCCUGGGAGUGGUGCUGUUCUGUCUGGUGCUCCUGUUCCUCUGGAGUCGGGGGAAAGGCAAUGCCAAGCCAAACAUUGAGAUUGAGUACGUGCCACGGAAAGUAGAUGAAGAUAACAGCCCAACUGAGGGGUCUCAUAAGAUCAGUAUGAAGAUGAUUUAAAAGACUAAUCACAUGAAUAGGUGUUCUUGACAAAAGACUGACCUUGAGGAAUGAGGGAAUAGUUAUCUUUCAACCCCUUAUGGAAUUGUGAAAAGAACAAUAUUCCAACAAAAGCCUUUUACAUUUUUUUACAGACUGUACAGAUCAAUCUCACAGGGAUUGUGUCUUCAAAGGGAAAGCUGACAGGUAAUUUGAGGGUUUCAAAUAUCUGUGUAUUUCUUUGGGUAAGUGUUGAAAAAUAUAGUCCUGUUGAAAUUUGUUGGAAAGCCAAAAUCCAGAGGACCAGUAUAAAUAUACUGUACCUGUUCUCUCGUCUCUUUUUCUGUACAUAAUUAUUUAGAUGUACAUUGGGCAAUACAGUGGUUGAAUGCACCAGAUCAGAGGUCACAGAUUGUUCAGCCUACUGUAAUGCAUGUGCUAUAUAUAGACACAUGCAAAGUGUAUAGGUCUUAUGAAAUCACUGUAAAUGCCCAUUAACAACUCUUUAUAAGAGAUACAUUUGUUUAAAAAUGAUUUAUUGUUUAUGCUUGACGAUCAUUAAUAUCUCAAAUGUCAAGUGUUAAUCAUUAAAUAUGGUUUGAUUUUCGCAUUUUCGAUUUUGACACCUUACAUAGUAUCCUAAGCCAGAUGUAGCUUUGAAUUUAAAGCCAUUUGCUUUGAAUGAACAUGUGACAAAUCUGCUGGACCUGUGGUUGUAUUCACACUAAACUACUAUCUUGUCUGACAGAUCUCCUCAGUUUACAAUUUUAUUGAUUAAGUCAUCAAAAUAUCAUUUAUUUGCCAUGCUGUAAUGCAUUUUCUAUCACUCGACAAGUGAGGUAGGUAAAUUGUGUUCUUCAACCCUUCAAACACUUACAGUGCUGAUUUUGGGACAAUGGAUGACUGUAAAACAUAUUAAAAUG